AUGUUCGGCACUAGCUCGCUCGUCACCUUGGUUUUGCUCUUGUCGAGCGCGACAGCGCUGCCCUCUUCGCGAGCCAAAGGUCCUACGUUGGGUCCUCCGAGACCUUCCAUCCCCCACCUCGAGAACUUUUCAAAGGACAUCCCCGUCCUCAGUCGCAACGGCACGCAGCUGCCUGCCUAUAGUCACGCUUACUAUUUCGACCAGCUCAUCGACCACAUGGACCUCACCCUCGGCACGUUCAAGCAGCGAUACUAUCACACUUACGAAUUCUACCAGCCAGGUGGACCUAUCAUCCUUAUGACUCCGGGAGAAGAAGACGCGUUUGGAUAUAUCGGGUAUCUGACCAACACGACGAUCAACGGCCAUCUUGCACAGGAGCUCAACGGGUCCACGAUCGUACUCGAGCAUCGGUUCUUCGGCGAUUCGAAUCCGUAUGACAACCUGUCCGUACAGAGCUUUCGCGUUCACACGGUCCAGCAGGCGAUCGACGACCUGGUGUACUUUGCCCAGAAUGUACAGCUCCCGAUGCUGGGGGGCGACCAGGUCGCGCCAGGAAACGCACCCUGGGUCCUCAUUGGAGGUAGCUACGCGGGUGCCUUGACGAGUUACACAUUGACGAGCCGACCGGGAGUGUUCACCGCGGGUUACGCCUCGUCAGCGGUCGUCCAAGCUAUUAGUGACUUCUGGGGUUAUUUCGAGCCGAUCCGCCAGUACAUGCCUGCAAAUUGCUCUGCAGACGUCGAAGCCGUGAUCGCUCAUGUCGACUCCGUCAUUCAGUCGAACGACACUGCGGCGAUCACCGCGCUUAAGAUGACAUUCGGCUUGCAGGGUUUGGCUCACAAUGACGAUUUCGCGGCCGCUCGUAUUCACAAGAUGGUUCCCAUGCUAACGAUUUCUCUAAUGCAACAAAACCUUUUCUCUUGGCAAUCCCUGCAGCCUGACAGUGGUCUUAAUCAGGCAUUCUACCAAUUUUGUGACGCCCUUGAGGUUAUAAACAGCUUCAGCGCGCCGGCUUCGGGAUGGGGUCUUGACUAUGCACUCCAAGCCUGGGGCGCGUACUGGACGUCAACAUACUACAAGCAGAUUUGUGGUGAUGACGACGAUGAAACAUGUCUAGGUACCUAUGACUCCUCAAGCCCAUUCUGGACCUACACCUAUACAGGCAACGCCGAGCGAUCAUGGCAGUGGCUUCUCUGCACACAAUUUGGGUUCCAGUUUGAUGGCGCGCCAGCUUCGCAACCCACGAUCGCCUCUCGCAUAGUAACACCUGCGUGGGGAGAGCGGCAAUGCGGAUACCGGUUCCCUGGCGCGUUUGGAUAUAACGCGACCGCCUCUCCGGAUGCCGCUGGCCUGAACAGCGCAUAUAAGGGCUGGGACACAACGGCUGAGCAUCUCAUCUUCGCCAGUGGUACCCGCGAUCCUUGGCGAGAGGCCACCGUUGCCGCGGACGGGGCCACAAACAUCGGCUCCGACCUACAGCCCCACCUGCUCUCUGAUGGGUUCCAUUGUUCGGAUCUACUCAUUCAAGAGACAGCGGCAAGUCCUCAAACCAAAAGCGUACAGGACAUUGCGGUCUCCUAUAUCACACAGUGGAUCUCGGAGUGGAAGCCGAGUAUCAACAAGCAAAGUGCAUGA